AUGUCGAUGAUGAUGUCGGGUCUAUUGGGCAUCGCGAGUCAAGAAAGGUUAGGGCUUUUGCUUCAUAUGACAACGACGGCAGAGGAAUCGCCGGAGGCUGCAAGGAUGGCCGGAAUUGCACAUGUCGUGGGUCUGUUACGAGAACAAAGCAAAGGAAGAAAAGGUCACAUAGAUCUCAUGGCGUUGUCAUCAAGAGGAGAAGGUCUCGGUUGGUUUGUAAUCGCGAAGGAAACCGCCGGUGAAGAAGUUACGAUGGUGGUCAGAACCAUGACGGAGAAGAACGCCGGAGAAGAAGAUGAAUCUGAGAAGAGAGAGACAAGCAAAGCUUCGACAAAGGAAAGAAGAUUUUUUGGUUUUGGUCAAAGGUGGAGAUUGUGA